AUGGGAACACAAACGCUUGUUAAUGUAGCAUCAGCUGCAAGCGGUUUAGUCAUUAUUACAUCAUUAAUUAUUGUUGGUAUUGUAUUCCAGGAUAUUAAUAGCUUUUAUUAUGAAGUAUUGGAUGAUAUUUAUGAAUUUAAGACAUUAGCAAAUGAUGCAUGGGAUGAGAUAAUGAGUGUUCAUGUGAAUAAAAUGCAAGCUAUGCCUAAGAAGGAAUCAUUUAAAACUUUGCUUGGUUUAAAACCACGUCAAAAACGUCGUGCUAUUUGUGCAUGUGCUCUACAAGCUUUAAGUUGUCCAUCAGGACCACCUGGACCACCAGGAGAUGUUGGUUUACCAGGAGAACCAGGUGAGCCUGGCAUGGAUGGUAAGCCAGGUGCAGAUGGUAUUGCUAUAUCAACAAAUGGCUAUACGCGCGGAGGUUGCAUUACUUGUCCACCAGGACCACAAGGACCACCAGGUCCGUUAGGGCAAAAAGGACCACCUGGUCCAUCUGGAAUACCAGGCAAGCCGGGUAAUGGUGGUGGCAUAGGGCAGCCAGGACCACCGGGACAACCUGGAGAUGCCGGAAAACCAGGUGAACCAGGAAUAGAGGGACCACCUGGAGCACCUGGACUACCAGGAGCACAAAGACGCAGUGCACCAGGACCAAAAGGGGCACCAGGUCCAAUGGGUCCAGCGGGAGAACCUGGUGCACCCGGUGAAGUUGCUGGACCUGGUCCACUGGGUCCACCAGGAUCUCCAGGACCACAGGGACAACCAGGUACAGCCGGAACACCUGGUGAACCAGGAGUGCCUGGAUUACCUGGUGUACCAGGUGGUGACGCAGCUUAUUGCCCUUGCCCACCACGUUCCACUAAAACAGCAGCUAUUCAUGAAACUGGACCAAGCUAUCGAGGAGAUCUUGAGCCGGGCACUUCCUACGUUCAUCGCACUCGGAAAUCCAGAAAGAUGUUCAAGCAAAUGAAGUAA